AUGCAUGCAAAUGAUAAUAAAGCAAGAAAAUACAAAAUUCAAAGUUUUAUGCAACUUGAAAGAAGCUUCUCCGAUUAUUACGGAGAAUCACAGUCUGAAGAAAAAACAAAGAAUGAAACUAUUUCAGCAAGUGGCAAUUUUUACAUUCAUAAUUCAAUAUUUUCUUUCCAUCAAAAACGAGCAAUUUAUCUUAAUUCCAAUAGCAAAGUAUUACUUGAAACAUGCACAUUUUACAACAACAGCUCAAAAGGUUAUGUGGGUGGAUCUUUCUAUAUCGAAUAUUCUGACUGUGUUUUAGUUCAUAUUUGUUGUUCACAUUCUUCUUCAACUGAUUGGGGAUGCGCGUAUUUCAUAAACUAUGCUAAUUCUAAGAAAAGUUAUGCUUUUGAAUCAUCAGUUUCAUCAUGCAGUGGAAUAGGAAUUGCAUUUUAUCAUUAUCAAGGAUACAUCCAAGUAAGUAAUAUGAAUACAUCGAAUCACGAAAUUACUUAUGAUGCUGCAUAUCUUAUUCAAUCUCCAACAGGAACAGGAAUUCUUAAUCUCACAACAGCAUUCAAUACAUCAUCUAAAGAAGAAGCAGGAAUGAUUGAUAAUUAUGGAAUAUUUAAAAUUACAAAAUGCAAUUAUUUAAGUAAUACAUAUACAGGAAAUUCUAUUGGAAUAAUAGCAUGUGAGUCUUCGACUUGUACAUUUUUAGAUUGCAGUUUUAUGAAUAAUAAAGGAAAUAAAUUAUUUUCUGAUCCAACAAUUAUUGAUCAUUGUUAUUUUAAAGAUAAUGAAUUAAGUGAUGAUCCAAACAAUAUUAAUUCAGUUGAUCCAUUAGAUUCAUUUAUUUCUCAUUAUACAACAGAUAAAUGUUUUGAUACAUAUUAUUUUUAUUAUAGAAAUGAUAAUAUCAAUCUUCCAAAUUUUGAAGUUAAUGUAAUCAGAUCAUACAAAAGAUAUGAUCAUGAAAAUGAAAAUGAAGAAGAAGGUAACGAAAAUGAAAUUAAUAACAUCCAAAACAUUGCAUUAAAUGUUUAUAAAACAUCAUUUGCUGAAGUAUUAAACUUACCUUCAUUAUUUUCAUAA